GAGAAUCCGGAUAAUAUAAUGCGUAUGGCUUCACAUGCACAGUAUCCGGAAAAGAUUACAGCUCACAACCGGUUUUCCACGUCACUUUUCUUGUCCUCUCAAGUCAUAAAUCAUGACAACCACUUCCGCUGACUUUGCGGCGUCCCUACUGCAGUCCAUUGAAGCGAGCCAGCGGACAUUUGCCGGUGGUCACCUCGUGCCUUCGUUGGACAAGGAGAACAAGACUGUUCUCCAUGCCACUCUUGUGUGGAAAGAUCGCGACCUCGUGAACAGCACCACCCUCGUGUCGUCGACGCAGCACGUUCUUGCCAACAACACAGUCGUGUCAGGGCUGCCCACGAGCAUCCCGUCGCAGUACGUGAGUUACUCCCCGUCGAACAAGCGGUCCGUGGUCAUCACCGACGUUGUCGACGACAAAACCACCCUUGCUCAAUUCGCAUUCUACUCUCACCACCGCCUCGUCCACGUCCACCGCACACCCAAGGAGCUUCAUGGUGCGCUGUACUUGGGCGUGUCAGAAGGCGGGGUAUGCUGGUCGGAAGACGAAUCGGUCGUGUUUUACCUGGCCGAGCAAAAGGAGGCGGACGCCAAGUCUUUCUGGAGCUCUGCGAAUGCCGCCGCCGAUCCGUCCAAAGACGCGUCGUCGUCGAUCGGACAUCAAUACGACCACAAGGAGGACUGGGGCGAGCAAUACGUGGGUAAGCGCACGUCGCGCAUCUUCACUAUGGACAUCCGCAGCGGCAAGUGCGCCGAAGUGGCGGGCAUUCCAUCGUCGCUCGCGUGCAGCGAAGUGGCCGUGGUGCCUCGAGCCAACACGAUUGUGUUUACUGCUAUCGACACACAGGCAGGUCGUCGACUCGGGCUCAUCUACUGCUUCAACCGACCAAAGGCGCUGUAUUCGCUCGAGUUAACACCAUCCAGCACGGCGACGAGGUUGCCACUCCACGUAGCCGCCAACACCCGGUCCGCCCGUGUGUCCCCUGAUGGCACCAAGGUGGCGUUCCUUGGCACGGCGGACGUGGUGACCCACAACACAUGCAACAUGCUGUGCAUCUUGGACUGGACCACCAAGGAAGAGCGGGUGGUCGUGCCCAUCGUGGACACGCCCUCCGACAGCGCGUUCCGCGGCCUGUACAUGCUAGCGCUCUUCCGUCGCUGUUGGUCCCAUGACUCCAAGUUCAUAUACGUCAACACGGAAGUCGGCACUCGAGUGGUGUGGAAAGCCAUUCAAGUGGACACGGGAGCUGUCCAUACCCCGGUGUACGCGUUGGGGGAAGAAAACACCGGGUCAGAAACGUUAGUGGACGUGUUUGAAACGCAUGCGCUCGUGGCGGUGAGCACGCCGCAGACGCCAGUGGGGAUUCAAUGGGUGCAGCUCCAACGCGGGGUGCAAGUCGUAUCGCGCACCCCCGUCGACAUCCAAGACGCGUCUCCACACGUUGACGCUUGGAGCAUCGAAUCCAUUGCGCCGGUUGCUGCCACGUCAAGCCGCAGCUUGUCGCCGUUAGCGCAGUCUGCGACCCCACUCUUGCCGACCGUGUCCAGUGACGCACCUUACGACGCGCUGGUGCUGUGGCCAUCCACCGCCACAUCAGUUGUAGGUUUUGGGACAACGACGUCUACUUCUUCCACCAACGGCUUUCCCGUCGUGCUGGACCUCCAUGGCGGCCCGCACAGUCACUCACCCGCGACGUUCCGCGCCUCGUACGCGUACCUGUGCGCGUUGGGGUUUGCAGUUGUAACGGUGAAUUACCGGGGAAGUAUCGGCUACGGCCGACACGCGUUGGAGUCGUUGGUGGGCCGAGUGGGGUCCCAGGACGUGACCGACUGCCACCACGCAGUGUCGCACGUGUUGGCCAAGUACGCCGGACGACUGGAUGCUUCCCGAGUGCAUGUGUCUGGAGGCAGUCAUGGAGGCUUCCUUGGCGCGCACUUGAUCGGGCAGUUCCCGUGGUUCUACAAGUCGGCGGUGCUGCGCAACCCCGUGACCAACAUUGCGAGCCUGUUCUUCACGAGUGACAUCCCUGACUGGGGGUGUGCCGUCACGGGCGUCGCGGCGUUCGAGUCCAUCGCGACCAACAGCGCCGUCGUGACUUCCUCGACGGAUCGCACGGCGACCGUGGCGCGGUUCUGGGAACUCAGUCCCAUGGCCAACGACCUGGCGGCGAUCCAAGCGCCGGUGCUUCUCGGCCUCGGCGCCAAGGACCGCCGCGUCCCACCCACCCAAGGCCUCCAGUUCUUCCACAGCCUCCAGCAUCAUGGCCGUACUGUCCGUGUGCAGUGGUAUCCGGACGAUUGCCAUCCCCUCGACUCGGUCAAAGCGUACGCCGACUUUGCCGUACAAUGGGGGCUGUGGCUGCUUCAACACAACAAGUGAUUAGUUGGUGUUUGCAUGAAAUACUAACGUUGGUACUAGUAUUAAUACUUACUACGAAGUACCACUAUGUAGUAUUAAAGUAGUAGUAGCUUUUUUUUAAACUACUACCGGUACUCUAACGAGAAACUGUUUCUCGUUAUAUCCAA